CGGGCAGGUUGCUAUGUAAGCAAACCUGGGGACGGAGGAAGGAGGUUGGUCGCUAAGCCCCUGCAAGAGAGAGAGCGUUGUUUUGUUAAACUGCGCCAGGUAAAUGGCCCUUUAUUUCGGGGUUGUUGUUUUUUCUGCAAAAGGGGCAAACUCUGAGGGAUUUUUGUUUAUUCGUUUCCUUUUUUAAAAAAUAUUUUUUAUUUAUUUUAACAUAUAAAUUAUAGUACAUACCACAGAACUUUAUCACUUAAACAAUCUUUUUGGACUUCCAUCAGCACCUCUGAUGAUCCACCGUUUUAGUCACUUCUUAUGCAUUUCUUAAAUUCAUAUUACCUUUAAGUGUCUUAACUACCAUCCUCCCCCUUAUCCAUUUUAGCAAUAAUUCCAAUAAUACUCCUCACAAAACUUCUUGCAAACCUACAAACGUAGUCAGAUCGUUAUAAAUACUUUUCAGAUAGUCCGUAAAUUUACUCCAGUCUUCUGUGAAUUUCUGGUCCCACCAGUUUCGAAUCCUUCCUGUUAGUUUAUCCAAUUCUGCAUAGUCCAUUAAUCUCAUCCUCCAUUCUUCUCUGAGGGAUUUUUGUUCAUUUGUUUCCUAUGCGUCCAAGCAGUACAAAUAUAUUGCACGAACUUGUGGUUUAAAUUUGCAAUGCUCUUGGAUCUGCCUUGGGUUGUUGUUUCUUCAAACUCUGGGGGCUUUUUGUCCCUUUAUUUUGCAUGCUCCAAAGCAAUGCAAAGACAUUGCACAAACUUGUGGUUUAAGUUUGCAAUGCCAUUGGCAUUGCCAAACCUCUUUGGGGUUUUUUGCAAACUGGGGGCUUUUCGUCCCGUUAUUUCACAUGCGCCCAAACAAUGCAAAGAUUUUGCACAAACUUUAUUUUCACUUUAAAGUUAUCUAAGUGCUGACUUCUAUGCGGUUACGGCCAUGAGAAAGUGGCUGGCUGAUGUGCCGUUCUUUUAACUACACUAGGGAAUGGUAAAAUCCCAGAAUCGUAAGGAAGCGACAGGUCUUGGAAGUACAACAUUAAAGAGGGGCAGGCGAGAGGAGAGGAGCCUUUGUCAUCAUAGGGCUGUUCAUGGUUCAGAAGGAAGGGAGGUUCACAUCUGUGGAGCCACCACCCUAAAGGCCCUGCUGGUCCCUUUUGCCACCUGCCUAAGAGAUUGCGCUGGGUGGCCCUUGACUAGGGCCUCUGUAGUUCUUAAUAACUGGCCAGGAUCAUAUGGGCAAUACUUUAGAUAAAGUGCCCCUAAACUCUUUAGGAUUUUAAAUGUUUGCACCAGUGCCUUGAGGUGUGUUCAGAAAUGCCCUGGUCACCCAAACUGGCAUAAUGUGCUUUGUCCUCAAUGGCAUCCGCGCAGCUGUAUUUUGUACCCAGUUGAAAGUUUUCAAACUGUCUUCGGGGCAGCCCCUGUGGAGAGUGUAUUACAGUAACACAUGCAUAACCGCUCCCUGCACCCCUUCUGAGCACUCAGGACUGAUAGACUGGGAGAUUUUUGCAGGCUCCUCUUUAGUCCAAGCAGUUCUCAGUCACACAAGCGAGGUGGGUCAAGGGGUUAAUCCUGUAUAAAGUCACGGACUGCAAAUCCCUUUCCAUCAACAGCUGUCUUAAACUGUCCAUUCUCAGGGGUGCUUACAUGCCAGUUGUAACAGUUUGGGGUGCUCACCCCAUUUAGCAAGGGCUCGGGGCGUGCACAUCAGGGGAGCAACUUGCCAGUAAAGGAUGAUAAGAUCUGGAUAGGUUGGAAGGCCCUCUGUCAGGAAUUCGUUUGCUGCGAUUCCUGCAUUGCAGGGAGUUGGGUUAGAUAAUAAUAAUAAUAAUAAUAAUAAUAAUAAUUUAUUAUUUAUACCCCACCCAUCUGGCUGAGUUUCCCCAGCCACUCAGGGCGGCUCCCAAUCGAGUGUUAAAAACAAUACAGCAUUCAAUAUUAAAAACUUCCCUAAACAGAUGUCUUUUAAAAAUACAGUGGUACCUCAGAUUAAGAACAUAAUUCGUUCUGGAGGUCCGUUCUUAACCUGAAACUGUUCUUAACCUGAGGUACCACUUUAGCUAAUAGGGCCUCCCGCUGCUGCUGUGCCACCGCCGCGCGAUUUCUGUUCUCAUCCUGAAGCAAAGUUCUUAACCCGAGGUACUAUUUCUGGGUUAGCGGAGUCCGUAACCUGAAGCAUCUGUAACCUGAGGUACCACUAUAGGAUAGCUGCUUAUUUCCUUGACAUCUGAUUGGAGGGCGUUCUACAGGGCGGGCGCCACUACCGAUAAGGCCCUCUGCCUGGUUCCCUGCAACCUCACUUCUCGCAAUGAGGGAACCGCCAGAAGGCCCUUGGAGCUGGACCUCAGUAUCUGGGCUGAACAAUGGGAGUGGAGACGCUCCUUCAGGUAUACUGGACCAAGGCCGUUUAGGGCUUUAAAGGUCAGCACCAACACUUUGAAUUGUGCUUGGAAACGUACUGGGAGCCAAUGUACGUAGGUCCCGGCAGCCACUCCCAGUCACCAGUCUAGCUCCCGCGUUCUGGAUUAGUUGCAGUUUCCGGGUCACUUUCAAAGGUAGCCCCACGUAGAGCGCAUUGCAGUAGUCCAAGCAGGAGAUAACCAGAGCAUGCACCACUCUGGCGAGACAGUCUGUGGGAAGGGAGGGUCUCAUCCUGUGCACCAGAUGGAGUUGGUAGACAGCUGCCCUGGACACAGAAUUGACCUGCACCUCCAUGGACAGCUGUGAGCCCCAAAUGACUCCCAGGCUGCACACCUGGUCCUUCAGGGGCACAGUUACCCCAUUCAGGACCAGGGAGUCCCCCACACCCACCUGGGUUCCCUUCCAACUCUACAAUUCUAUAAAACUUGGGGUUUAAGUUUGCAACGCAAUUGGCUCUGCCUUGGUUUUGUUUUGUUUUUUAAAUGUAUAUACUGUCAGUAUAUACCUGCUCAACAGUCAACAUAUAAUUCCAAAAUGAGCUGCUAUUUAAUGCAGACUCGAUUUAAUCUGCAAAUAUAGAAGCCAGUCAGCUGGAAGAAGCAAUCCAAAGAGGUCAACCACAGCGGUUUCCAUUGUGACUGGAAGCGCUAUCCAGAUUUACGUGGCAGAAAGGGGUAUUUUCUAUCAUCUGUGGCUUGACACUUUUUAACUGGAGAUGCUGAGAUUGAACAGCAUACAGAGCAAGUGCUCUGUUUCAUCAAGUUACAGCCCUUCCUAGUUAGUAAGCCGCCUUAUAAGGAGUAGGAACAAUGGCCCACCCACCUCCAUAUGGCCUGCACUGGCUGGCAGCAGCUCUCCACAUUUCAGGCAGGGUUCUCUCCCAGGAUGCCGGGAUUUGAACCCAGGACCUUGGUGAACUCAAAGCGGAUACUCUGCCUCUGAAGGGGCUUGGGCUGCCCAAUAUUGCAGGCACAUUCCUGCCACAAACAGAGAACCAGGCAGUUCUGGUUGGACGAUUUCCCCGCUUGCGACAUUAAAGCAUCUCACAGCCCAUUGGCAAGGAACAAAGAACAAAGCUACCCUUUUGGAACGUUCCGGAGCGGCCUGGAUUUAUUAAAUGACAAUUUCCCAGGUCAGAAUGAUGGAUCUCUCGGCUUCUCCCUCACAUUAAUAACCUCCGCAGUCUUGCUUUCCUUUUUUACCCUCGCCUUCUUCCCGCCUCUCUUAAUAAAUGGGUUGCCCCUUGGCUUUGCCAUGGGCAAAGAGCCACCCUGCUAAUUGCUUCUUUUUAACUGCUUUUGAAUCCCUCGACCCUCUGGAAUUAGAACCAAGAAUCCGAAAAGGCCGAGAGGAGGUCCUUUAUUUUAUUUUUAAAAAUUUUUUCUACAUAUUUCAUUUUCGUUCAUUACAUACAUCUCAAAUUCUUAACAUUUACUAUAUAUUCCUCCCUCCCUCCCCUCCAAGACUUCCCCCAACUUGUGUUUCCGGUUUGUUUCUAUUUCCACCCGCUUUGCUAUCUGAAUGGAAAAAGUUAUUAAUAACAAAACAUCAAACCUUAAAAACAUAAAAAUAAAAUUAAAUACACCAUCUUAUUUCACUAUCUUCCAAACAUUUUCUGAUGCUAAUAAUGUGGGUGUUUAUUUAAAUCCUGCCAUCAAGUCUAUUGCCUUUCUCUGUUUCUGCAUAUAUAAUACGAAUGGUUCCCAAUCUUUUUCAAAGUCUCUGUUGUCCUUUUCUCUUUCUGUCAUUUUUGCCAGUUCUGCAUAGUUCAUCAACUUCUCUUGCCAUUGUUCUUUAGUUGGUAUUUCUCCAGGUCCUCUAUUUUAGCAAGCCUUGGCACACGCCGGCGUCGCUUGAAACAGCCCAAUACCACUUGUCCCUUCGCAUGUCGCCCCUUCCAGUCCAUGUUUGGCUUCGACAGCACCGUUAGCCAGCAGACGGGUGAACCUUACAGCCUGUAGGAUAUUUCACAAUGGCUUGAACCCUCUUCGGAUUCUGAGCUUCGAAUCAGUCUUCGAAAGUGCAUCAACGCACCUGUAUGUUGUGAUCUGGGAGGCUUAGUUUGGUCAGAAUCGAAUAAACACAUCCAGAGUUAAUGCUAAAUACAUUACUUCCGGUAAAUGAGCCAGCAUAGCCACUAGAGAGCCAUGAAAAAUUGUCUCCCGGGCUUUUUGGACUCAUCUACCCAUGUACUAGGGACCCGGGUGGCGCUGUGGGUUAAACCACAGAACCUAGGACUUGCUGAUCAGAAGGUCAGCGGUUCGAAUCCCUGCGACGGGGUGAGCUCCCGUUGCUCGGUCCUUGCUCCUGCCCACCUAGCAGUUCGAAAGCAGACCUUUAAACUUCGUUGUGAACCAUCUGCCUUUUGCUGGUUGAGAGAAUGGUUGCUUCUUGAAAACACUGAAGUGUUGGACAGUGGCAGACGAAGUUGAUGGACUAUAGGGAAUUGGCGGAAAUGACUGGUAAGAUCCGAGACCAGGGUGAAGAGUCAGUGGAAGAAGAUUGGAAAAAGUUUAAAGACUGUUUAUAGAAAUAUUGUAAAAUUAAGGAAUGUUAGAAAAAUGUUGGAAUGAAAUUACAUGGCUUUAGUAGAAAUGUCAUAAGGAAUUAAGUAUAAAUAGAUUAAUAGAAAAUUAAAGGAAAAGUAUGGCAAGAAUGUGUUAAGAUAAUUAUAGAUCAGAAAACAGAGUAAGAUGGAAAGGAAUUGCUGAAACAAAUAAUAGAAGUGGAAUACAAAAAGGGAGGUGUGAGGAAGUCGCUGGAAAUAAGUGAAUGAAAUAUAAGAUAUUGAAAAUGUUUGAGGUGUUUUUAAAUUGUUUUUGUUUGUUUUUGCUUGAUUUGUUAGUCCAUGUAGCGUUUUUGUAUUGUAUUCGUAUUGUUUUUUCUUUUUUUCUUUUUUCCCCUUUUCUCUUUGUUUGUAGUGCUGUGUUGGAAAUUUUGAAAAAGUAAUAAAUAUCAUUUUAAAAAAAAGCAGUUCAAAAGCACCUCAAAGUGCAAGUAGAUAAAUAGGUACCACUCUGGCGGGAAGGUAAACGGCGUUUCCGUGCGCUGCUCUGGUUCACCAGAAGCAGCUUAGUCCUGCUGGCCACAUGACCCGGAAGCUGUAUGCCAGCUCCCUCGGCCAAUAAAGCGAGAUGAGCACCGCAACCCCAGAGUCGGCCACGCCUGAACCUAAUGGUCAGGGGUUCCUUUACCUUUACCCAUGUACUAUCUGAAACCAAAGGAGUGCAUUGGUUGCCAGACGUGAAUUAGGGUUGCCAUAUUUCAAAAAGUGAAAAUCCGGACACAAAAGUUGUUGAGCUUAUUUUGUAAUAAUAAUAAUAAUAAUAAUAAUAAUAAAUUUACACCCCACCCAUCUGGCUGGGUUUCCCCAGCCACUCUGGGCGGCUCCCAACAGAAUUAAAAGCACAAUAAACCAUCAAACAUUAAAAACUUCCCUAAACACUUUGGCAAAGUUGUUGAGGGUUGCUGGGGUGGGGGUGGGGCAAAGUUGUAGAACUUUUUAUUUUGCAAAAUCGCUCCCCACCCCCCGCAAAAAAAGUUUUUGAGCUAUUUUUUUAGGAAAUUCACCCCCAAAAAUCCACUCUUCCAAUAUGGACUGCCAUAUUCUCUUGGACAUUUUAACCGAAUUCUGAAAAUCCCACCCGGAUGCUAUUUUUGGCGGACGAAUCCCAAAUAUGGCCGGGAAAUUCCGGAUGUAUGUGAGCCCUAAAAUACAUUGGCAUUGUUUUCAGCUCUCCUGCCCCACUGUGAAUGCCAGUUGCUGGAAACCAUGUUCUGCUCACUGGUUUCCCACAACUGGAAGAGGAUUCUGGACAGAAUGGUCCAUUGGCCUGAUCCUGCAGCCUCUUCUUAUGUUCGCCAUUUAACUAUGUGAAGAAGUUUGUUCUCCUGUCUAUCCCUGAGCCUUCCAACAUUCAGCUUCUUUGCACAGCCUCUCCGGGUUCCCUUUAGCCCAGGGGCCAGCAAACUUUUUCAGCAGAGGGCCGGUCCACCAUCCUUCAGACCUUGUGGGGGCCGGACUAUAUUUUUUGGGGGGAAAUGAAUGAAUUCCUGUGCCCCACAAAUAACCCAGAGAUGCAUUUUAAAUUGAAAUACUUUAUUGUCACUUGUGCAGCUUGUAUACAGUGAGAUUACACGAGCACCCCCCACUCAGCUCUCUUAGUCUUAAUUCCCCUCAUUUACUGACGCACACCCACCAAACCCGAAAGUCAGUUGCCCUGUUGUUAUCUUUUCAUUCAGCAGCCUAACAGCCCAUGGAUAGAAGCUGUUCUUUACCCUGUUGGUGCGACUAAUCAUACUUCUGUAUCUUCUGCCUGAGGGCAGGAGACCAAGAAAGUGCCGGCCAGGGUGUGAAUCAUCCCUGAGAAUUUUCCUCACUCUCCUGAGGCAACGUUCUUCCGCUAUUUCACCCAGCGGAUUCAUGGGACAGUCCAUAAUAUCUUGUGCUGUAUUCAUCACCCUCUGUGGGCUCUUCCUAUCAGUUGAUGUCAAACCAGCGUACCACACCGUGAUGCAGUAUGAAAGGACACUUUCUAUUGUGGACCAGUAGAAGGAGAUCAUCAAAUAUUGAUUGACAUCAACAUAAAUAAAAGGGCACAUUCUACUCAUGUAAAAACACGCUGGUUCCUGGACUGUCCGUGGGCCGGAUUUAGAAGGCGAUUAGUCCGGAUCCAGCCCCCGGGCCUUAGUUUGCCUACCCAUGCUUUGUUGUUGUUUAGUCGUUUAGUUGUGUCCGCCUCUUCGUGACCCCCUGGACCAGAGCACACCAGGCACUUCUGUCUUCCACUGCCUCCCGCAGUUUAGUCAAACUUAUGCUGGUAGCUUCGAGAACACUGUCCCACCAUCUCGUCCUCUGCCGUCCCCUUCUCCUUGUGCCCUCCAUCUUUCCCAACAUCAGGGUCUUUUCCAGGGAGUCUUCUCUUCUCAUGAGGUGGCCAAAGUAUUGGCGUCUCAGCUUCAGGAUCUGUCCUUCCAGUGAGCACUCAGGGCUGAUUUCCUUCAGAAUGGAGAGGUUUGAUCUUCUUGCAGUCCAUGGGACUCUCAAGAGUCUCCUCCAGCACCAGAAUUCAAAAGCAUCAAUUCUUCGGAGAUCAGCCUUCUUUAUGGUCCAGCUUUCACUUCCAUACAUCACUACUGGGCAAACCAUAGCUUUUACUAUACGGACCUUUGUUGGCAAGGUGAUGUCUCUGCUUUUUAAGAUGCUUUAGCCUCAUGCAAAACUCGUUAUGUUGUCAGCAGGAUACAGUGUGCUACUAAGCCUGCCCUGCUGCAAACCCCUUGAGGCGCUCAAAUCUUCAAUAGUGCAAGGAUCCUCGCAUCGGUCCCAUCCCACAUUUCACUCUGGUGCCGGGCCUCUCAUAAUUUUCUGCUCUGUACAGCGCCUGGCACGGUCCACAUGACAAAGGACCAAUAAAGUUUCCCUCGUUUUUGAAUUGGAGGCCAUGGGAGGUUGGUAAGCCAACUGCUUGAACCCCGUCGACGUAACGCCUUUGAGGGAUGUUUGAGAUUAAAGGCCGUUCCUCUGUUCUUUCCCGCUUCAGGAAACCCUAAAGCUGUGGCGUUGUACGGCGGUUAUUUCCUUUGUUUUAGCAUUAAUAGUACAGCACUUAAACCUCCCCGGAGGCAUUUCGGUCUAAUACGUCUGAAGUGAAAGAUCACAGGCGAGGUGGUGAACUUUUGCUAGGCAGGCGUCAGAGCCUUCAUGUUCAAUUACCUACUGCAUGUUUCAAAAUCCUUUCCCUUCACUGGGUCUGAGAACGGGGUGGUUUCUGUGGCGUCCAGGCCGAUUCCCCCCCAGUCUUCCUGACCCCCGCCAAGGUUUAAUUGAGGGGCAUCUCGGCUUCAAAUCAGAGGCUUCAUAACAGGGUUUUGAGCACAAAGUCAUGGGAUUUUCAACCGAGCGAAGAAUUUAGACGCUAGAGCAGUUUUGGCGAACCUUGGCACUCCAGAUGUUUUGGGACUACAACUCCCAUCAUCCCUGACCACUGGUCCUGUUAGCUAGGGAUGAUGGGAGUUGUAGUUCCAAAACAUCUGGAGGGCCAAGGUUCGCCACCACUGCCCUAGAGGUUCUUUUGUGCAAACAGGGAGGAAUCUGAGGGCAAGGUUUUCCUGUCAGUUUUCGGGGUGUCACCCAUGGGUCCCCAAAACACACAGAAUUCACCCGCCCCCAUGAAUCAGUGUUUUCUUUUUCUAAAAACUAUUAUCUGUAGAAGCUGAUAAGCAGUUUGAAGUUAACCAGAAGGUUUCGUAAUGUGAGGGGAGUCCUCUGUUUUCGUAAUAAAACUGGGCCGCACAGUUGCAAAUGGGUUUGAUUGCUUCAGAUAUAGUUAUAUAGAUACUAUAUGAUACUGCACUGAAAUGUUUAAAUGUUUCUUUGAUUGCCUUGUACUCUUCCUGCCUCACUUCCAUCCUCUCUUAUCACAUCAGUGUGGGCUUCGCUACACCCUUUGAGAACCAUUGAUCUAAAGGAACACCCUUUCCCAUCCGGGAUCUUUUAAUCCCGAAAUGCCCAGCGACUUUGGGCUCUCAGGCAUGUCAUUUGUCAAGCAGCUGUGUCCCAGACCUGAUCCUGCACUCUCAAUGGAUCAGAGGGGGCUCAGCUGCUCCAGUGGAGUCCACCAGGGGCUCACCCACUGCCACGCAGACUGGGACCCAACCCAAAGGCCCCUCAAGAGCAGAGGUCAGCUCUGGGGGCACCCCCCAGAUGCUGUGGGUCUCUAGGGCUGGUGAUGGCGGACUGUUCCUGUUCCUGCAAGUCUUCGGUCAAUGGGAGGUCCUGCAAGGAGUUGGGUCUGGCUGCAGGUCAGCGCUGAGCGUGAUAGUUGCAAUCUAUCUUCUGCUUUUCCGUGGCUGAUCGUCAAGAUGGCUAGAGGCUGCCUCUGAAGACGGUUCGGAAACUUCAGUUAGUGCAGAAUUCAGCAGCCAGGUUGCUCACCGGAGCAAGACGGUUUCAGCAUAUUACACCGAUCCUGCACUGGCUGUCAAUUAGUUUCCGGGCCCUAUGGUUUUUACCUAUAAAGCCUUAAACGGCUCAGGACUGCAAUACCUCAAGGUAUUCAUAUAUUCUUUCCAUAUGAACCUACCUGGACCCUGAGAUCAUCUUCUGAGGCCCUUCUUCGUGUGCCUCCUCCUCGAGAGGUCUGGAGGAUGGCAACACAAGAACAGGGCCUUUUCUGCAGUGGCUCCCCGUCUGUGGAAUGCUCUCCCCAGGCACGGCUGUCUUUAGCAUAUGCGCCACCGGGGUGCAAAGAUCUGCCCAGCGCCCCCCAAUUUUGGGGGGGAGGAAGGAAGCCAAAGUUUUUGGGGGGCGAACUCAAAGUUAUUGAGCUUUUUUGGGAGGAGGAAUCUCUCACCUGACAGCAGAAAAAAACUGCGAAGUGAAGGGGGAAGGGGCUUUUGCUCCAUUGCUUUUCACUGCCACCAAUCAAGAGGGACCGGUAUAUAGUAGGUAUACAUUUUGUGCCCCCCAGAAUUCAGCACCCCUUACACCCCCAGGUAAAGACUGCUCUGUCCCCAGGGUCAUGGAUUCAAGCCCCAACUGGGCAAAAAAUUCCUGCAUUUCAGAGGGUUGGUCUAGAUGACCCACAUGGACCCUUCCAGCUCUACAAUUCUGUGAUUCUAUUCUUACUGGGCUUAGGAAGACACACACACAGAGAGAAAUGUCUUUUUUCCUCCUUUCUUAAAGAAGAUUGCUCCAGUAUUUCUCAAGAGAUGAACCGUCAGUAUGUUGAAGACAGGAUUGUGGAAGUAGACCCUCUUCCCUUCACCUGGAACGUGGAAACACCUGGGCCUCAUUAUGCUCUCUGUUUGAAGAUGUCUCGACUUAAGCAGUUAGCGUUCAACUUUGAAUUUGGAUCUGUAGACCCCAGGUAAAGGACCCAUGGCCUUGCUGCGUGAUGUGUAAUACAUUUUCAAACACUUGUUAGGCAUGUUUACAUUACGUUUUUAUGGUCAGGCUUGAAAUAUCUAUUUUUAUUUUAUUUAUUAAAUUUAUAUGCCAGCCUUCAUCAUAAGGACUCAGGGUGGUUCACAAUUCGCCUGCCCUGUGGAACACCCUCAAGGAAAUAAACAUCUAUCUGACUUUCAGAAGACGUCUGAAGGCAGGCCUGUAUAGGAACAUUUUUAACGUUUGAGGGCUUUUUUGGGUGUCUUAAUAUUCUGUUGGAAGCCGCCCAAAGUGGCUGGGGAAACCCAGUCAGAUUGGUAGCAUCUACCGUAUUUUUCGCUCUAUAAGACACACCAGACCAUAAGACGCACCUAGUUUUUUGAGGAGGAAAACAAGAAAAAAAAUAUUCUGAAUCCCAGAAGCCAGAACAGCAAGAGGGAUCACUGCGCAGCAAAAGCAGUGAUCCCUCUUGUUGUUCUGGCUUCUGGGAUAGCUGUGCAGCCUGCAUAAGACGCACACACAUUUCCCCUUACUUUUUAGGAGGGAAAAAGUGAGUCUUAUAGAGCAAAAAAUACGGUAAAUGAUAAAAUUAUUAUGAUUACUAAUAUUAUCACCACCAUCCUCUUAGGUUAGCAUUCAGAGGCAGCGUCUCUGCCAAACUCAACUCACAAUACCAGUAGUUUUAUUUUCAAUUCCUAAUGAUUCCUUGCAUGGAUUUUGCCUUUCUUCAGAGCUGUUGCACGCUGGCCUGACAAUUUCAUCGAUCUUUGCAGCUGCCUAAAGUUAGGAUGUUUUGUCCCAGGGUGCAUCGCUUCACACUUGUUGACACUGAAAUCACAUUUUCCCUUUUAGUCUGUUCACCCACUCCUGGACAAAGGAGCAAAUGGAUGCUUAAAGUUGUUCUUCCUUUCUGUUCUAGGCAAUCAUUUCCAAAGACAGAAUUUCCUGAACGGUAGGUAAGAAAUGCAAGAGAAUGCUUCAAUUUCUUCGCUCAAUCUGCCUGAGCAUUGCACCAGUGCUUGCUUUGAGAAUUUAUACUGGAGCGAUCCCAAUGGGUCUCCUUGGAGUUUUCUAAAUUGGGAUGCAAAGGCACCUUUCUCAGAGGGCAUGUCCACACUUACCUGUCCUCCAAUCUUUCCAGGUCCACACUUUAAAGUUCCAUGUCUGAACGUCCUUGCUUUUGCUCCAGAACUUUCCCCACAAAACCUGCUCUUUAGUGCUCAAUCAGAGCGAACGUCAAUCCUCAGAAAACCCAAACUGACGUUUGUUCUGAUUGAGCGCUAAAGAGCAGGUUUCGUAGUGGGAAACGGGACACAGAUCUUUAAAGUGCAGAUCUGCAUCUAGAAAAAGCAGGGCAAAAGGUAAUUGUGGAUAAGCCCUGGAUCCAGUGAGUUAUCUCGCUCUUCAGCCAAAUACAGCUCCCAAAACAACUUGGAGAAAUCCACAUAUCUUCUAGAAGACAGUUUCUGCCUUCAGUCUCACAGUCUGAGACACGGCAGAAAAGGAAAGGAGACUGGGAGGGAGGAGGAAGGAAAGCAAGCCCAUUCACUAAUUCUUAAAGGUAAAGGGACCUUUGGGGUUGUGGCGCUCAUCUCGCUCUAUAGGCCGAGGCAGCUGGCGUUUGUCCGCAGACAGCUUCCGGGUCAUGUGGCCAGCAUAACAAAGCCGCUUCUGGUGAACCAGAGCAGUGCACGGAAACGCCAUUUACCUUCCCGCCGGAGCGGUACCUAUUUAUCGACUUGCACUUUGACGUGCUUUUUUUUUUUUUUUUUUUUAUAAUAUUUUUUAUUGCAUUUUUCCAGAUAGAAAUACAAGGUCAGAUAUACAAAAAAAUAACAGAAAAGAAAAAGAAAAAGAAGAAAAUCAUCUUUUCAAAGCAUUUUUCCAUAACCAACCGGACUUCCCCCCGUCCCCCUCACCUUGCGUUCUUUACAAUAAAAUUUUUCAGCAAAUUAUAACCUUAUUUCGUGCAUUCUUUUGUUCUUUCAAAUACUUAUGAUUUGCGUUUAAAAUGCUUAUUGUCAAUUUACACUAAUAAUAUAUAUAAUGUUCUUUUAAACGUUAGUCCUUUCAUUAAUUUAGCUUAGUUUCCCAUACCUUAAUCUUAUUGCUGGAGCUGAAUUUCCCUAAUCAUGCGAAUUCUUAACAUUCAUAUAACUUGUAAAAUUUUUGUAAAUAAUCUUUAAAUUUUUUCCAAUCCUCCUCCAUUGCUUCUUCCUCCAAAUCUCGGAUCCUGGCAGUCAUCUCGGCCAAUUCCAUGUAGCCCAUCAAUUGCGUCUGCCACUCUUCCAGUGUGGGUAAAUCUUGAGUCUUCCAGUAUUUUGCGAUAAGAAUUCUUGCUGCUGUAGUUGCAUACAUAAAAAGGUUCUAUCCUUCUUUAACACCUUCUGACCGACAAUGCCCAGUAGGAAGGCCUCUGGUUUCUUGGGGAAAGUGUACUUAAACACUUUUUUUUAACUCAUUAUAGAUCAUUUCCCAGAAGGCCUUCACUUUUGGGCAAGUCCACCAGAGGUGAAAGAAUGUCCCUUCAGCCUCCUUACAUUUCCAACAUUUAUUAUCAGACAAAUGAUAUAUCUUAGCAAGCUUGACUGGGGUCAUGUACCACCUGUAUAUCAUUUUCAUAAUAUUCUCUUUCAAGGCAUUACAUGCCGUGAAUUUCAUACCAGUGGUCCAUAACCUUUCCCAGUCUUCAAACAUAAUGUUGUACCCAAUGUCCUGAGCCCAUUUUAUCAUGGCUGAUUUGACUGUCUCAUCCUGAGUGUUCCAUUUAAGCAGCAAGAUAUACAUUCUCGAAAGUACCUUGGUCUUUGGUUCCAACAAUUCUGUCUCUAGUUUCGAUUUUUCCACCUGGAAUCCUGUUCUUUUGUCCAGCUUAAAAACCUCUUGAAUUUGAGCAUAGUGAAGCCAAUUUUGCACCUUAUUCUUUAAUUUUUCAUAACUCUGCAGCCUCCAAGUUUCUCCUACUUUUUCUAUACUUUUUCUAUACUUUUUCUACUUUGACGUGCUUUUGAACUGCUAGGUUGGCAGGAGCAGGGACUGAGCAAAGGGAGCUCACCCCGUCGCGGGGAUUCGAACCGCCGACCUUCCAAUCGGCAAGCUCUAGGUUCUGUGGUUUAGACCACAGCGCCACCCGCUUUAAUUCUUAGUUACCGUAUUUUUUGCUCUAUAAGACUCACUUUUUCCCUCCUAAAAAGUAAGGGGAAAUGUGUGUGCGUCUUACGGAGUGAAUGCAGCUGCGCAGAUAUCCCAGAAGCCAGAACAGGAAGAGGGAUCACUGCUUUCGUUGCGCAGCGAUCGCUCUUGCUGUUCUGGCUUCUGAGAUUCAGAAUAUUUUUUUUCUUGUUUUCUUCCUCCAAAAACUAGCUGCGUCUUAUGGUCUGGUGCGUCUUAUAGAGCGGAAAAUAUGGUAAUUCUAAAUGCAUUUUGAUACUACUUUGUUUUUUUUUUUGAGAAAAUAACUUCACGGCAGCCUUCAGAGAAGUGCAAAAUCCAGGUGGAUAGCUACAUCCUGAUCUACAUACACACAUUAAUCCAUGUGGUGUUGAUCAGGCCAGUCCGUACUGUGAUUUUGCAAAGACCAAACGCCUCAAACAUUCCUAAGUUCAACUAGAUUCAAGUUUGUCUCUUUGUUCUCAGCUCCCCCCACCUCGGUUUGUUAUUCUGCCUUUUUGAUGGAUUGCCACGCUCAACAUGCCUGUUUGCCAUUUCUGGAACCGCAUUGCUGAAAGUUUGUCUUGCUAUUUGUCCAAAACUGGGGAGGGUGGCCUUUUAUUAAAUAAAUAAAAACCCCAAAAGAAAACUAAUACAAUAUUUUUUUAAAAAAAACCACACACACAAAAAAGGGGGGUGUUAUACAACAAAAGGGCAUCAUUAGCUAGAUGCUAAAAAAGAAAAAAAGGAAUCGUGAUUGUUAUUGCUUUGGGGGAUAGGAGGAAGGAGCGUUUUGAAAUAGUUUUGAUUUUUCUUUCUUUCUCUCUCUCUCUCUCCUUCCCACUCCCUGCUUCAUUCCUCAGGAUUGUUAAGCUUGACAUCUCUUUAAAUGAACUCCAAGAGAUUCCACCCGAAGCUCUUUUCCCGUUUGAGAAUUUGGCCGAGCUGGACGUGUCGCUUAAUGCUUUAAGCACGUGAGUGCGACUUGAUGGAUGGCGUUUUGUGGUGCUGGUGGGGUCUUUGUGUGGAGAAAUUUAAGGCCUGUGGAGAAGAGAGAGAGAGGCAAUUUGGGGCCUUGCCCCUGAGCAAGAGCAAUUCUCAGCAGGGCGUAGCGUUAAAGAGUUUGUUCCUCUUUGCUGGUGUCUCAUACAAAGCUGGCAAUCGCCUUCUAAAUCUGGCCCGCGGAUGGUCUGGGAAUCAGCAUGUUUUUACAUGAGUAGAAUGUAUCCUUUUAUUUAAAAUGCAUCUGGAGGUUCUUAACCUGAAACUGUUCUUAACCUGAAGCACCACUUUAGCUAAUGGGGCCUCCCGCUGCCGCCACCGCGCGAUUUCUGUUCUCAUCCUGAAGCAAAGUUCUUAACCCAAAGUACUAUUUCUGGGUUAGCGGAGUCUGUAACCUGAAGCAUUUGUAACCUGAAGCGUCUGUAACCCUAGGUACCACUGUAUUCAGUAACAACAACAACAACUAUUAUUAUUAUUAUUAUUAUUAUUAUUAUUAUUAUUAUUUUGUUAUUUAUGCCCCACUCUGGGCAGCUUGUAACAUACAUAAAAACAUAAUAAAACAUUAAACAUAAAAAAAACCAUUUCUAUAUACAGGGCUGCCUUCAGAUGUCUUCUAAAGGUUGUGUAGUUACUUAUCUCCUUGGCUCGCAUAACUCCAUAGCCUCCAACAUUUCUCCGAUGAAAAUAGCAACGUCCUAAGGAACAGCGGGGCAUUCCGGGAUCAGAUCAGAAACCAGGAUGGCUUCUGUAAAUCCAGGACUGUCCCUGGAGAAUAGGGACACUUGUAGGGUCUGUGGGCUCAACAUAUUUUUCCCUGUCGAGCGGGUGGCAGAUCUCGGGCUGUAGGUCUCUGAGAACUUUUAAACUGGAGAUCCCAGAGAUCAAAACUGGAACCAGGAACGUAGUAGGGAUGACCCAAAAUAUCACCGCCACCACCAUUGAUUUUGCAACCCCAAUUUAAAGGUGGCAAAACUGACAGAAGGGACAUUUGGGGCAAUAUCAAAAGCCCGGGGUUGAUUGCAAGGUUGGGCAGGUGUCUACAUUCACAAAUAGCCAGCAGGAACUGAAACAGAGGAUUACAAUAUAUAGAUAAAUUGGGGAGCUUGUUCACAUCAGCACUCUGGGGGAAAGUGGACAUGGUUAGAAAGGAGCUAACGUUUUGGAGAGGCAAUAUCUGCAGAGAUGUACAUACCGUGCAUGGAAAUUGUAGUUUGUUGAGGGUGCUGGGAAUUGUAGCUAUGUAAGGGGUUGAUCACAGUUCCCAGGAUUCUUUGGAAUUGGGGAGUAAGCUUUAAAAAAUGUAUGGUAUGUGGGCAGCCUACCUAUAAAGAAAUAUUGGAAAUCAUUGAAACCAGGAAAUAACAGGGAUUAGGUAAAGGUAAAGGGACCCCUGACCAUUAGGUCCAGUCGUGACCGACUCUGGGGUUGCGGCGCUCAUCUCGCUUUAUUGGCCGAGGGAGCCGGCGUACAGCUUCCGGGUCAUGUGACCAGCAUGACCAAGCCGCUUCUGGUGAACCAGAGCAGUGCACGGAAACACCGUUUACCUUCCUGCCGAAGCGGUACCUAUUUAUCUACUUGCACUUUGAUGUGCUUUCAAACUGCUAGGUGGACAGGAGCAGGGACCGAGCAACGGGAGCUCACCCCGUCGCAGGGAUUCGAACUGCCAACCUUCUGAUCGGCAAGUCCUAGGCUCUGUGGUUUAACCCACAGCGCCACCCGCGUCCCUUUUACUGUUCCUUUAAAUCCAAAAAGAAAUAAUUAGCAGAGGGCAAGAAACACAUUGGUCUGCAAUCCUAUGCAGGCUUCUCUGGAGUAAGUCCCAUUGAACUCAGUAGGACUUACUUUGGAGUAAACAUAUACUCCAUUGGUGAUAGAAGCAAUAUAGUCACACAGUACAGUACCGGGAAAAGAGAGAAAUCUCACCUACUCAAAUAAAUCCUGAUGUUGUUUGAAGCUGAUAUAUUUUCACAGGGUAUAGCGAAGGAAGAUCUUGAUAACACCCAAAUUAUUAAGGGUUUUUUUAAGACAAUAAAAAUAGGAACCAUGUAAAGAUAUGGAAGAAUUAAAAGAUAACGUAUCAGGUUAAAUUAUGUGGAUAAUCCAUUGCCUUGGGCGACUCAGCUUAUUUCUUCUUUUGUGCUUUAUAUAUGUCAGGAGUGGGAAACCUGCGGCCUACUAGAUGUUGCUGGACUACAAAACCCAUCACUCCUCGACAGGGCUGUUUUAAGCAUAUGCAGCGUCGGGGUGCAAAGAUUCGCCCAACAUCCCCCCCAGUUGCCCAGUCCCAGGGGUGCAGGAGGGCAUCAGCAUCUUGCCUCAGCAUCUUGCUGGCUCCGUCACCCCCGAACUCGCGGCGCAGAACCCGCUGGGCUCUUUCUCAGACUCAACUCUCUGUCGGAAUCUGCGUUCUACUGAGCGACUCUUCCGGAAUCGCCUCCGAUGAUAAUUAACAACCUGAGCCUCUGAUAAGGCUCCAGGCAUAUCCCCCAUUCAGCAGAGUUUCCAGCACAGGGAAGAGACGAGAAGUUUGGGCUACAUUGCUAGGUUUUAUUACUAAGCUACUCAGGCAGAAAAUAAAUACAUCCUCUCUCUGUGAGAGCAGAGAGCAACUGAGCAACAAAGGAACAGGAAACCAGUAACGUCACAUCCGUCUCCUGUCUUCCAUGAGACUUCCAACAGUCUGGAAUGUGAGGAAUGCAAAACAGAGUCUUGUGACUCCGAAGCACUGCACAGUGGCAAACAGAAACUAACACUCUCGGGCCCCGGACUCUCGGCCUGGCGCCCCUGAGAGCCCCGCACCCGGGUGCCCCGCACCCCUAGCGCCUAUGGGUAAGACGGCCUGCUCCUAGACAUUGGCCCUGCUGGCUUGAGCUGAUGGGAGUUGUAGUCCAGCAAUACCUGAAGAGCACUAAGUCCGGGAAGGCUGAUGUAAACAAUACUGGUCUAGCUUAGCGAUCCUCCAUUUAUUCCGGGACUACAGCUCCCAUCAUCCGUGACCACUGGGGUUGAUAGGAGUUUAAAUCCGACAACAUCCAGAGGGCCUCACAGGCUCUCCACCCCAGAUAUACCUCAUUUCUUUUUAAAAACGGAUUUGGAAUCAAUUAAAAAACAGCCGCCGCCACCACAUGUUUUGAAGAUGGAUGUGAGCAGAAUAGGGGUUUAUUUACAUCCCAAGUAGGGUGGACGGCGCCUUGUCUUUGAGGUCUCAACAGUGACACACCUCCUGAAUGACACGUUGGCAACCUUAAAAAUAAUAAUAAUAAAUUAUAAUAAUAAUAAAUUUUUAUUUGUAUCUCUUCCUCCCCAGCCGAGGCUAACAUCAUAAAAACAACACGAUAUGCAUAAAAACAGUCAUCAAUUAAUUAAAAUUCCUUCUUUUUUCGCUUUUAUCUGGGGUUGCAGUACGAGAGGGAUGGGGCUCCUUCCCAACCUGGUGGCCCUUAACCUUAGUUAUAACGCGAUCGGAGAGGUGAAGGACCUGGAAAACUGCCCCCGCCUGUCCGUCCUGCAUGUAUCCCACAAUCGCUUGAGGAGCCUCACGGAUUUCCCUCUCUUGAGUAACCUGACACGGCUGAAUUUGUCUUCGAAUCAGGUAUUUUGGGGGGCAGUGCUCAGGAUCUCGAAAGUGGGUGACUCCCAGGAGCUGGAUGCGCAGAGCAUUGGGGUGCGGGGAGCCUAUUUCCCUCAAUACUUAAUUGGACUCCACCUUCCAUUAGCUGGAUAGCCAGGAUAGCCAAUAGCCCAAUGUGCUGGGAGUUAUGGUCGAAUAACACAUCCAGGGCCACCGAUUCCCCAUCUCGGAUUUAGAGCAUCAGUAUCACGGCCUGGAUGGGACGUGGGUGGCGCUGUGGGUUAAACCACAGAGCCUAGGACUUGCUGAUCAGAAGGUCGGCGGUUCGAAUCCCCAUGACGGGGUGAGCUCCCGUUGCUCGGUCCCUGCUCCUGCCAACCUAGCAGUUCGAAAGCACGUCAAAGUGCAAGUCGAUAAAUAGGUACCACUCCAGCGGGAAGGUAAAUGGCGUUUCCGUGCGCUGCUCUGGUUCACCAGAAGCAGCUUAGUUAUGCUGGCCACAUGACCUGGAAGCUGUACGCCAGCUCCCUUGGCCAAUAAAGCGAGAUAAGCGCCGCAACCCCAGUCGGCCACGACUGGACCUAAUGGUCAGGGGUCCCUUUACCUUUACCUUUAUCACGGCCUGGAGAGUUGGUCUUCCUAAAAUAAGAAGUGGGAGGGGAUCAAAACUUCUCCUAACAGGUUCAGAUAGUCCAGAUUCACGUCAGGAAUGAAGAAGAUGCUUGACAGAUAAUGAACAACAGACCUUCUCAAGCUUUAAGCACUGAUAGAUUCCGUCCCUCUGCUCUGCUGUUAAUAUAACGGUGCAAAAUGGAUCCCAAGGUUUUGCAAAGCCAUUCUGUUUCCAUCAGCUUGGGUCUUGCUUUGUGGUGCUCUGGAGAGAAUAAUAAUGUUUAUUAUUUAUACCCCAGCCACUCUGGGCGGCUCCCAACAGAAUAUUAAAAACAUGAUAAAAGAUCAAACAUUACAAACUUCCCUAAACAGGGCUGCCUUCAGAUGUCUGAAGCAUUUUCUGUUUUCUUCUUUCCCAACUCAAGUUGGAGUCUCUGGAAGGGGUGCAGAAUCUGCCCCGGCUCCACGAGCUCCAUGUGCAGAAGAACCGCAUCGCCAGCCUGCUGCCUCUGGCUUCUUCGCUGUCUCUCAACGUCCUCUGUGCCUCCGGCAAUGACAUUGGCGGGCUGCCCGAGGCUCUGCACGUGCUCAGAGGCCUCCGCAGGCUGAAGCAUCUCACGCUCAAGGUGAGGUGUAAGCUGAUAGCCCGGUAGUGGCUGGAAAGGGAGAAAGGAGAAGGUUAGGCAAGCCUUUUCCCAACCAGAUGAUUUUGCACCUCACAUUCAAUUUUCCACAUUUUCACAUUUAUGUUUUAUUUUUUAAGCCUUUGUGAAAAUUCAUCAGCGUUUUAGUGCCACUUUCUUCUAAGAGAUCCAUAUUUCCUUUAAUGUAGACAUUUUUGCAAGCUCCACGAUGCCCCACCCCAAUAUAAUGCAUUUUUUCAUUAUUGGUAUAUGCAAUUUUGUGCAUAUAAGUUGAUUGCAUUGCAAAAUUCAGACGGGUGUGAAUUUUGACCGGAGGCUGUGUUUCUGCCCAUAUAUUGUUCCAGGAAGUUCAAAUUAGGUGGUUUAGCCUUUACAUACAACCUGAACUGAAUUUCUCCCAUCCCUAGUAGACAGUGAGUUGAAGCAAAGGCUUUCUGGGUAGCCUUUGCAUCAGUUUUCCUUCUGUAAACGGAACUGGUGAUAUGUAAACUGCCUCUGAAACACAGAGAAUCCAUCGAGCCAUCUUACCUAUUAGCCACCGAUACACAAUCCCAAAGCUAUGUUGACUAGUAGCCAUCUUGUGGCAGGGAGUUCCACAAGCUGAUCAUGCACUGCAUGCGGAAAUCGUUGCUUUUGCUAGCCGGAGGGAGGGAACCGAGAGAUGGGGGAGGAAGUCAUGGAAGAAAGAAGGAGGGGGGAGCUCCCAAGAGAUCAUUUUGAGAUGACGGGAGGAGACUUCACUCCCCACAUGCCAUUGAGUUGCACCCAUUGCGGCCCUAAGUUAAAGUCACUUAGCAGUAGCUGGAACAAGAGGAAACGCAUUGCUGUAAAUUACUGCGCAACAGAUUGCACAACCAGGAUCGGCUGUUGCUCAAGAGAAAACACAAGUGCAUGGCCAAACUUCUUCUUUUUUUGCACAAAAAGCAGGUGUUGCACAAUUCCUGCAUUGCAGGGGGUUGAACUAGAUGACCCUUGGGCCCCGUUCCAGCUCUACAGCUCCAAUGUUAGCACAACUGGUGCAUUGGAUUUCUUUGUUGUGCGGCCUUCAUACUCUGCCGUCCAGUAGCUCAAGGGCUCUUGCACUAGGGGACAGAGAAUAUUGGAUCCCACCCACUGCCUCUCCAAACCUUCGACCUCCACUGGGGCACAUCUGGUUUGUUAUCAGAAGUGAACACGGUGCACCUUAAGGAUGUGUCGUAACCUGCACUGCUUUUUUAAAAAAUAAAUAAAUAAAUAAAUAAAUAAUAAUAAUAAUAAUAAUUACAGUGGUACCUCGGGUUAAGAACUUAAAUCGUUCUGGAGGUCUGUUCUUAACCUGAAACUGUUCUUAACCUGAAGCACCACUUUAGCUAAUGGGGCCUGCCGCUGCGCCACCACUGCACAAUUUCCGUUCUCAUUCUGAAGCAAAGUUCUUAUAUUUCUGGGUAAUAUUUCUGGGUUAGCGGAGUCUGUAACCUGAAGCGUAUGUAACCCGAGGUACCACUGUAUUAUUAUUAUUAUUAUUAUUAUUAUUAUUAUUAUUAAUACCCCGUCCCUCUCUGGGCAGCUCUCAACAGAAUAUUAAAAACAAUAAAACAUUAAACCUUAAAAACUUCCCUAAACAGGGCUGCCUUCAGAUGUCUUCUAAAAGUCAGUUGUUUAUUUCCUUGACGUCUGAUGGGAGGGCGUUCCACAGGGAGGGCGCCACUACCGAGAAGGCCCUUCACCUGGUUCCUUGUAACCUCACUUCUCGCAGGGAGGGAACCACCAGAAGGCCCUCGGAGCUGGACCUCAGUCUCUAGGCAGAACAAUGGGCUUGGAGACACUCCUUCAGGUAUACUGGACCGAGGCCGUUUAGGGCUUUAAAGGUCAGCACCAACACUUUGAAUUGUGCUUGGAAACAUACUGGGAGCCAAUGCAGGUCUUUCAGGACCGGUGUUAUAUGGUCUCGGCGGCUGCUCCCAGUCACCAGUCUAGUUGCCGCGUUCUGCCUGUCCAACUUUUCUCCCAGGACAACCCAGUGGCGCGAGACAACCGCUACACCACUGCCAUCAAGGAGUCCACCUCCGUGGAGAUACUGGACGGGAUGUUUCUCCACGAUCCGCCAAGUCUUUCCGCUCUCCCUCUGCACAUGUGGCCCCUCCUCCGGGAACCGGCAUCCAGUUCAACCGACAUAGCCCAAGCCAAAGCAGACCUGAAGGAGGCAGCCAGGAGAGCCUUCGGCGCAAGGCUGCAGCGGAGGAGAGACGACGUCGGCAGCGCUGUGCAUCACUUUCAUUCCAGGAUAUUGUAAGUGAAAACGGUGGAACUCACUGCCAUAGGAGGGCAGUCACGGCCACCGACUUAGAUGGCUUUAAAAGAGACUUGGUGCCUACUGUCCAGGCUGGCUCUGCUUUGCUGCCACAGCUGGAGAGAGCGAUGCUUUGGAAUACCAGCUGAUGGAAACCACAGGAGGGGAGAGUGUUCCUAUGCUCGAAUCCUGAUUAUGGGUUUCCCAUGGGUGUCUGGUUGGUCUUUGUGAGAGCCACAAUACUGGCCUAGAUGGGCUGUUGGCUGGAUCCACCCGGCUCAUGUGUUUAUGUUCUUAAGGCAUUGGAUUCCUGUUUCAGACAGGGUGGAAUUGUGUCCGAGGCUGCCAUAUUCUGUUUAUGGACUACUUUUGAGUGGCACGUAAGGGACGCAGGUGGCGGUGUGGGUUAAACCACAGAGCCUAGGACUUACCGAUCAGAAAGUUGGCGGUUCUAAUCCCCGCGAUAGAGUGAGCUCCUGUUGCUCAGUCCCUGCUCCUGCCAACCUAGCAGUUCGAAAGCACGUCAAAGUGCAAGUAGAUAAAUAGGUACCGCUCCGGAGGGAAGGUAAACAGCGUUUCCAUGUGCUGCUCUGGUGCGCCAGAAGCGGCUUAGUCCUGCUGGCCACAUGACCCGGAAGCUGUAUGCCGGCUCCCUCGGCUAAUAAAGCGAGAUGAGCGCCACAACCCCAGAGUCGGCCACGACUGGACCUAAUGGUCAGGGGUCCCUUUACCCUUUAUCUUUACCUUUGAGUGGCAAAGACUCUGGAGCCAGUGUUGAUGUUUCGUAGGAAUAGGCACACAGAAGCAUAGAAUCGUAGAGGUGACCACAAGGUCACCUGCGAUGCAGAAAUCUUUUUGCCCAAUGUGGAGCUCGAACCCCAAACCCUGAGACUGAGUCUCUCUCUCUCUCUCUCUUUUUUAAAUCAUUUUUAUUUGAUUUUACAAAUAUAAAUUUAUAACAGUCCAAAUGCAUAUCCCUAUACAGUCAUACCUCAUGUUACGUCCGCUUCAUGUUACGUUCUUUCAGGUUACGUCCCGCGGCGACCCAGAAGUACCGGAAAGGGUUAUUUCCAGGUUUCGCCGCUCGCACAUGCGCAGAAGCGCAAAAUGACAUCAUGCGCAGAAGCGGCGAAUUGCAACCUGCGCAUGUGCAGAUGCGCCGCUGCGGGUUGUGUUCUUUUCAUGUUGCGAAUGGGCCUCCGGAACGGAUCCUGUUCGCAACCAGAGGUACCACUGUAUAGAGAUUUCUCAGAAUCUCGAGACUUUCCCCCAUCCCUUCCGUGGCUCCUUUUGUCAACAUUUACAACCGUGUAUUAUUCCAUAAUCUAAAUUUUAUAUCCAUUCAUAUUAUCCAUAGUAUUUGUUAUAUUACAAGUGCAAUUAAAAUCCCACUGAUGUUUUCAUCUGCUGACAGCGGUCUCCUAAAUAAAUUAUAAAUUUUCGCCAUUCUUUUUUAAAAAAAGUUUUUGUCUUCUUGGUUCCUGAGCUUUCAAGUCAGAUUUGCCAUUUCAGCCUAGACUUUUUCUACUUUCCACCUCUAGGCUAGUAGCAUCCGUGUGGCUGUUGCUGCAUACAUAAAAAGUAUUUCCCUGCUUCUUUGGGAUAUCGGUACCUAUUGUUUCGAGACUGAGAGUUUCAUGCUCUACCGACUAAGCUAUCUGUAGGAGUUUUCUCUGCAUCACAGAGGCACAGGUGAGCCGAGGAUGCAGGCUGGCAGUAACACACCUGGCCCCGUAAGUAGGGUGUGAUUUUUAACUGUGAAUCUAAGGACGACAUCAAAGAGCUAGAACUUUGUAGAUACUUAUGCAGACCAAGGGAUCCGGUUAUCUUCCAGUGAAGAGCCUUGCUGGGAAAGCUUCAGAAGACAUAAUAUACAUCGCGAUUUCCUGCCUCAGCUCUCCUUUCCUGUAGACCAGCCUUUCUGAACCUGUGGGUCCCCAGAUGUUGUUGAACUACAACUCCCAUCACCCCUAGCUAGCAAGGCCAGAGCUCAGGGAUGAUGGGAGUUGUAGUCCAACAACAUCUGGGGACCCACAGGUUGAGAAGCACUGCUGUAGACGGAACCUAUCCAGCUUCUUGAGCCAUAACUUAGUUCAAAGAGGGCCAGAUUUGAUGAAGGGCCAACCAAAGUUGUUGUUGACCUUUUUUUUAGGAUUGAAGUUUUUGAGCUUUUUAAAGGAUUUUACCCCAGGAAAUAAACUGCUAGAGAGACCAGAUUAAACCGACUGGCGGGCCAGAUUAGGCCCCUGAAACGGACUUUGGACAUGCCUAUUAUAUGGCCAAAGGGUGUUUUUGAGAUUAUAAUAAUAAUUUAUUAUUUAUACCCCGCCUUCCAACCAAAUAUUAAAAUACAGUAAUACAUCAAACAUUAAAAACUUCCCUAAACAGGGCUGCCUUCAGAUGUCUUCUAAAAGUCUGGUGGUAGUUGUUUAUUUCCUUGACAUCUGGUGGGAGGGUGUUCCACAGAGCGGGUGCCACUACCGAGAAGGCCCUCUGCCUGGUUCCCUGUAACUUGGCUUCUCGCCGUGAGGGAACCGCCAGAAGGCCCUCAGAGCUGGACAUCGGUGUCCGGGCAGAACGAUGGGGGUGGAGACGCUCCUUCAGAUGAUCAGACAGGCUUGUUUCCAGACUGGCACUUGAGGCUGCUGCUGGUGUAAUUUAAAACAGGAGUGAAAUUUCACUUGGUCUGUGUCUUCGGCUAGCACACACACCCAUGUUUGGAUCUUGUUUAGAGAUAGGACGUCGGGUGCAUUUGGUAGCCUAGCAACAAAGGUUGCUCACUUAAAUCAGGAAUAUGCGUGCAUGCAGAGAUGGGUAUAAAAGUCAAGAUUCCAUUAUAUGGGACUACGGUGGGUCUGUAAGCAAUCAUGUUUGGUGGUUUGACACAGCAUUGUGAACUAGCAUGGUGAAAUGGAUCUCUCUGCAUAUUUGCUUCUUCCAAGACGAGAAGAUCUGCCUUAUAAUAGUUACUGUCUUUGGCUCCAUCUUGUGCCUUGAGGCGAUAAGCACUUUAAUCUCAACUGAGUUGGGAAGGAGUUUCCUUAACUCUGGAAAAGGCUAGCCUACUGGAAAGCAGGAAAGCUCCGACGUUCUGCUGGAGCUGUGCAGACUCUGCUGAUCACGGUAGAGUCUACACAACUGACGGCGGGCCCAACCCCCUUCUACAAGCCGUAACAGCUGCCUGGGACUAUCAGCUCUGAGUCCCUCUCUCCUGUCUCUUAGGGAACUGCAGGAAGAGUUGACAGGCUACGAAGAAAGACUCAGGCUGGAAUUGGAUGGGUGCGAAAGGUAAGGAAAGUCAUGGUGUGUUUGGAGUGGAGGCAAUAGACCAUAGGCCAUUGCUAGAGCAUAUGGUUUGUACACAGAAGGCUCAGCCACCAUCCUUGGCAUUCUUUCAACUUUAAAGAGUCUUAGCUGGCAAGUGCCAGGGAUUGGCAGGCUCGUUUAUAUUUUGAGGAUGAUUCAUGUUCUUAUAGGGACACGGGUGGCACUGUGGGUUAAACCACAGAGCCUAGGACUUGCCGAUCAGAAGGUUGGAGGUUCGAAUCCCCGCAACGGGGUGAGCUCCCGUUGCUCGGUCCCUGCUCCUGCCAACCUAGCAGUUCGAAAGCACGUCAAAGCGCAAGUAGAUAAAUAGGUACCGCUCUGGUGGGAAGGUAAAUGGCGUUUCCGUGCGCUGCUCUGGUUCGCCAGAAGCAGCUUAGUCAUGCUGGCCAAAUGACCCGGAAGCUGUAUGCCGGCUCCCUCGGCCAAUAAAGCGAGAUGAACGCCGCAACCCCAGAGUCGUUCACGACUGGACCUAAUGGUCAGGGGUCCCUUUACCUUUACCUUUACAUGUUCUUAUGUACCAGCAUUGUCUUACACUUUCUUGACGUCCCAGGGUCAUAUUAUAAAGUAGUUGCGUUCUACUUUAUAGGCUCUAUAAAGCCUGCCUGACCUGGGGGCAGGGCCAGCCCCAAUGGGGAGACACCGAAGGGGGUUGUUCCUUUGGGGGUUGAACGAGGGUGUGGGCCAGCCCUGUUAUGUUAAAAUUAUCAUUUUCAUGGGAAUGGGGUUUUAACCUGGGCGGGUGCUAUACUAUUUGGAGGGUGGGGUUGUUUUAAAUUGUUGUUAAAUGUUAUUUCUUAAUUUGGAUUUUUGUAUCUGUGGGCUAGAGUACUGGUUAGGGGCUUUUGUUGAGGAGUGUUUUGAUUAUUGGUGUGUAUACAUUAGUAUUGUUAAUUGUUUUGAUUAUCUGGAUUAUGUUUUGAUUAUUUUGAUUAUGUACCGUAUUUUUCCGUGUAUAACACGACCCCUAUUUUGAGGGUCUCAAAUUUAUGAAAAUGGGGGGAGAUGUGUAAGACGACCCCCAUUUUUUAACAUUAUUUUAGAGUAAAAAAACCCCUAAUCUUACCCACAGAAGAGUAUGGUAUUUUCUGCUUCAUAUGAUGUAACUUUGCAUUGUGAACCACCCUGAGAUAUAGGCUGGUAUGUAAUAAUAAAAUAAUAAUAAUAAUAAUAAUACGUUAUAAAUCAAGCACUGCUAGGAGUUGUUUCUUUUUGUUUUCCUAUGUAUUUCUUAUAUAUAAAAAAAUCAGUGUGAUGUAAGCAAUUUCCCCCCCUGAAAUCGUGGCUCAGAGAAAAAAUGUUUGAGAGCCUCUGUGUUAGAUGGAGGGAAGACUGAUAACACAAGCUGAUGAAGCAGGACACAGAUUGUUCUUAACAAUGUCAACUGUUGUCUCCAGAUUCAUCCAAGCUCUUCCAUCGGAGGAUUUCCGAAAGUUGGACAAUCCUCAGGAGAUUGCAGAAGCAAUGGACAAAUACCUGUUCACCAAAUUCUGGGAAAAGUGGCAGAGGGGCCAAAGGAAGCCUGUCUGUCUACCCUACAAGGAGCUGAGCAAGCCAGAGGAUGUAAGGCCUAGUGUGUGUGUGUGUGUGUGUGUGUGUGUGUGGGUCUGUGUGUAAUAUAUAUAUAUAUGUAUAUAUGUAUGAGAUUGCCUGUUCAGAGCAAGGGCAGGAAGCAUUGCCCUCACUUUGAACUGGCUUUAUGACAUGAUCGUGUAGCCAAAUUGGAUUGGCCACGUCACAAUUCCAUCACGUUCAUUGUGGGACCCCCAACUGUCUGGGAAGAAGAAGAAGCUGCUCUGGAUUUCCAUUUUUGAAAGGCUCCUGAAAUAUACUCAAAGUCGAGAGUGGAUUUCAUGCUCUUCAUUCAGCUCAUAGUGGUGAGGAGGAAUGGAAGUUCCCCCAGAAUGUCUGCUUUAUAUACAUUAUUUACACAAUGGGCCCCACAUGACUGGCUAAUUCCGGGAUUCACCUGAGGGCCAAUCAGGUAGUGGAUUCACUCCACCUGGAGCUGGAUUGGGUGGCUCCUGUGGACCAAUCAGACUGCUGCAUUCUGAAUCCUAUUGUUCUAGGACCAAUCAGACUGCUGCAUUCUGAAUCCUAUUGUUCUAGGACCAAUCAGACUGCUGCCUUUUGGAUCCUAUUCAACUCAGUACAGAACAGCACCCAAACAUCUCCCUGUUCGGCAGCCAAUUGACAACACGCAGCUGCGAAAGUUAUUUUGACACCCCGAGAAUCACUCCUUUUGUACCCAGAAUGCCUUAACAUUUGGCACAGGAUCCAUUCUUAGGCCCCUUUCUUUCAUUCGCAUGAGUGAAACUUGACUCCCAUCUCGUCUCCAGGAUCUGUCCAGCCUUCUGGGCAUCCGUGUAUUCCUCUAGCCAAUAUCUCUGCCACGCAUAACAUUUUGCCUAUUAAUCAUUUCCCCUUUUACAGUUGCUCUCAAACAAAACGCCCAUCCAGGUGCACAGGUGUGUGUGUGUAUGGAAUGGAAAUACCAGCCCAGGCAAAAGGUGACAACGUUCUCUCCCAGAAAGGCAUGUUGAGCCCACAAAGCUAUGUUAGGAAUCUGCUCUGUGAUUCCUUUCUUUGCUUUGUAGCAGAUGCAUAAUACAUAAGCAAAGGCUUCGGGGGAAUUUUAGCAUCCUGCUGCGACUUCCACAACCACCUUCCCCAACUUGGUGCCCUCAAGAUUUUGCUGGUACGCCCAACUCCCUUCCUCCCUGAACUUAAAAACACAAUAGCAUAGAGUGGCUUAAAGUUCCCCUUUCAUGCUGAUUGGGCUGCUCUAGGGUGCUGGAGACAGGGACUGCAUAAAUGAGUCUCUGACCCCCUGUAAUCCCGGCCUGCUACCCCACUGCUCUGGGAACUUUCUCCUUCACCUUCAUUUGUGGAUCAGCCUAGAUGAUAUUGCUUUUCCUGGCCAAGAUGGCCGCCGUUGCGCCAACUUACAACUUUCCCCUGUCCCCCUGCAAUUGUGUGCGGUUGUUUUUUUUUAAAUAGUUUUUAUUAAAGAUUUUCUUGUGUAACAAACAAACAAAAAAAAAGCACAUAGAAUAUCACCGCUUUCAAUUCACGGAGUCUUUUUCACAGUUGGCAUUCGGUAGGACGUACUGUUGUCACGUAUGUGGUUGGGUGAAAAGAGAGAGGACGGAAAAAUGGAGGGGAUAUUGAUCUUUCAUUCUGUUGUGUAGUGUUUGUGUGGGAUUUUUGUGUCAGAGUCACGUGAGUAGGUCCUUUACUUACACAGCGGUUGGUUGUCAAACGUAAUCCGUUCCAGAAGACCGUUCGACUUCCAAAACGUUUGAAAACCGAGGAGCAAUGGGCGGUCAGCAAAUUCCAUCGAGAAAAUGGAGAAACAUGCCUCGGAAGCCGCUCAACUUCUGAGGCACGUUUGAAAAUGGAAGCAUUCACUUCUGGGUUUUUGGCGUUUGGGUUCCAAAUUGUUUGGCUUCUGAGAUGCUUGAAAACCGAGGUUCCACUGUAUACGUCCUUCCUUUGGUCGGUGUCGUGAGAGAUUGGAGGGUCUAGUGCUUGGUUGGUUGCGUUCAGUUGGUUGAAGUUUGCUUCGUUUGUACAACUGAGUGGGUUGUUGAGUCAGAUCAGCUACCGUAUUUUUCGUUCUAUAGGACGCACAUUUCCCCCUCCAAAAAUUAAGGGGAAAUGUGUGUGCGUCCUAUAGAGCGAAUGCAGGCUGCGCCGCUAAGCCCAAAGCCAGAACAGGAAGACGGAGCACUGCAGAGCGCUCCGUCUCGCUGCUCUAGCUUGGGGACGGCUGCGCGCAAACCUCUGCAGGGCAGCGGGGUGCCUUUACCCCGCUGUCCUGCAGAAGCUAGCAAGGCUGUUCCCAAGCCAGAACAGCGAGACGGAGGGCUCCGUUUCGCUGCUCUAGCUUGGGGACGGCUGCGCACAAACCUCUGCAGGGCAGCGGGGUGCCUUUACCCCGCUGUCCUGCAGAAGCUAGCAAGGCUGUUCCCAAGCCAGAACAGCGAGACGGAGGGCUCCAUCUCGCUGCUCUAGCUUGGGGACAGCUGCGCGCAAACCUCUGCAGGGCAGCGGGGUACCUUCACCCCGCUGUACUGCAGAAGCUAGCAAGGCUGUUCCCAAGCCAGAACAGUGAGACGGAGGGCUCCGUUUCGCUGCUCUAGCUUGGGGACGGCUGCGCGCAAACCUCUGCAGGGCAGCGGGGUACCUUCACCCCGCUGUACUGCAGAAGCUAGCAAGGCUGUUCCCAAGCCAGAACAGCGAGACCUUGAACGCACCUUGUUUUAGAGGGGGAGAACAAGAAAAAUUUUUUUUCCCCUGUUCUCCCCCUCCUAUGAUUCGGUGCGUCCUAUGGUCCGGUGCGUCCAAUGGAGCGAAAAAUACGGUAUAUCCAGUUCUAUUUUUCUAGAAAAAAAGGUGCUGGAACCCACCACGAACCCUCAUUCUCUUAGAAUGUCAGUGGUGCCCACUUGAGAGGUGCCAGAAUUCUGUUCCGGUGAGUUUCAGCUGAAAAAAAGCCCUGAUCGUAUUGAUUUGUGUACUGUUGGGUAGGGGGGAGAGAUAGGUCAUUGGAGCACCUUCUCCCCCCCCCCCAUGUUGUCCUGAGUGAGGGUGCUUCCUAUUUUGGACCCCUCAGCUUAGAAAUGAACUUCUGUGGUGUGUAGAGUUCUAACAUGGUGGCUGGGACGAUAUCUGUCAUGGCGUCAGAACUAUGUAAAAUAAUAUUGGAGGCAAAGCUAGAAAGGCACAAGAACUUAUUCUUAAAUUGCCGAAAUCUCCAUCACUUUCCCUUAGAAUUGCUGAAGGAUGAAGGACUGGAGAGACUCUAUAUGAAAGGCUGAAGGCGUCUCAUGAGCUUUAGGCGGCUGUAGGAUUCUUUGGCAGGGGACUUCCGAUGAUGGAGUUCCAGUUCGCUUCCCAAGAAGAAAGGAGACCAAAAUUAAAAUCUGGUCCCCUUUCUUCUUGGGAACUGAACUGGAACUCCUCCAUCAGAAAUCCCCUGCCAAAGAAUCCUACAUGUGAAUGGGCCCCUUUCGCUCACGAGACGCCGUGAUCCAAAUGGGAACCGCUGACCUGGAGGUGAAAUAUGCCGUUUUCUGAGCGGUCCCUGGCACCAUGUGCGACAGCUUCUUUGAACAGCCUGAGCCUGCGGUAUGGAGCUGGUUGCGAAGAAAGCGCCUGCUAUGUUGAGCUGCUGUAAAAGUCUCUCUUCUGGCUAAUUUAUUAGUCGGCAAAGACUCGGGCUGGCUGAUUUGGCCCAUUGGUUCCGAACAAUGCUUGGGGUGGAAUUGUCGUCAAAGGGCUUCAGUUUAUGAACCUGCCGUCGUUCACUCAAGAGGUGUCAGGCAUGAUGUUAUCCCAUCCCAAAACUUGGAACUGCUUAAUAAGUGACCCUGCAAGGUCUGUAAUCCUAGCAUAGCAUUGUACGGGUGGGCAGAUCAUAGAUAUGGAUCUGCUGGUGUGGAUCGACUGAUGGCCACCCACCUAGGUGGCUUAAGACCCAGGUGCCCUUGAUAGAAUCGAAUAAUUGUAGAGACCCCAAGGUUCAUCUGGUCCAGCAGUGCAGGGAUCUCAACUAAAGCAUCCCUGACAGAUGGCCAUCUAAGCUCUGCUUAGAAGCCUCCAAGGAAGGAGAGUCCACCAUCUUCCAAGGGAAUCCGUUCAAGCGUUGAACAGCUCCAAUAAUAACAACAACAACAACAACAACAACAACAACAACAACAACAACAACUGGUCUCCCCAGCCACUCUGGGCGGCUUCCAACAAAGAUUAAAAAUACAUUAAAAUGUCACACAUUUAAAAUGUCACACAUUAAAAACUUCCCUGAACAGGGCUGCCUUCAGAUGUCUUCUAAAUGUCAGGUAGUUGUUUAUCUCUUUGACAUCUGGUGGGAGGGCAUUCCACAGGGUGGGUGCCACUACCGAGAAGGCCCUCUGCCUGGUUCCCUGUAGCUUAGCUUCUCGCAAUGAGGGAACCGCCAGAAGGCCCUUGGAGCAGGACCUCAGUGUCUGGGCUGAACGAUGGGGGUGGAAAUGCUCCUUCAGGUAUACUGGGCCGAGGCCGUUUAGGGCUUUAAAGGUCAGCACCAACACUUUGAAUUGUGCUCGGAAACGUACUGGGAGCCAAUGUAGGUCUUUCAAGACCAGUGUUAUGUGGUCUUGGCGGCCUCCCCCAACCAUCAGUCUAGCUGCCGCAUUCUGGAUUAGUUGUAGUUUCUGGGUCACCUUCAAAGGUAGCCCCACGUAGAGCACAUUGCAGUAGUCCAAGCGGGAGAUAACAAGAGCAUGCACCACUCUGGCGAGACAGUCCACGGGCAGGUAGGGUCUCAGCCUGCGUACCAGAUGGAGCUGGUAAACAGCUGCCCUGGACAUAGAAUUGACCUGCACCUCCAUGGACAGCUGUGAGUCCAAAAUGACUCCCAGGCUGCGCACCUGGUCCUUCAGGGGCACAGUUACCCCAUUCAGGACCAGGGAGUCCUCCACAGCCACCUACCCCCUGUCCCCCCAAAGCAGUACUUCUGUCUUGUCAGGAUUCAGCCUCAAUCCAUUAGCCGCCAUCCAUCCUCCAACCGCCUCCAACCCUCAGAAAGUUCUUCCUGAUGUUUAAUCUUCCUUGAUUUACCUUUGGAGAACCCUCAAGCAAGACCCCGGCACAAGAGCCCUCUACCCUCCUGUAAAGUAAAGGUAAAGGGACCCCUGAUCAUUAGGUCUAGUCGUGACUGACUCUGGGGUUGCGGCGCUCAUCUUGCUUUACUGGCCGAGGGAGCCGGCAUACAGCUUCCGGGUCAUGUGGCCAGCAUGACUAAGCCACUUCUGGCGAACCAGAGCAGCGCACGGAAACACCGUUUACCUCCCCGCCGGAGCGGUACCUAUUUAUCUACUUGCACUUUGAUGUGGUUUCCAACUGCUAGGUUGGCAGGAGCAGGGAGAGAGCAACGGGAGCUCACCCCGUCGUGGGGAUUCGAACCACCGACCUUCUGAUCGGCAAGUCCGAGGCUCUGUGAUUUAACCCACAGUGCCACCCGCAUCCCUCCUGUAGCUUCCUGCAAUUGGUAUUCAGAAGCGUUGCUGCCUCAAGCUGCAAAGGCAAAACAUAGCCAUCACGGUUGGUAGCCACAGAUAUAGCCCUCUCUUCCUGCACAAUCUUGUCCAGUCCUCUUUAAAGCCACCCAAGUUGUCGGCCAUCACUGCCUCCGGUGGGAGGGAGUUCCACAGUUUAACCAUGCAGUGAAUGAAUCAGUCCUUUCGUUCACCUGCCUUGAGAAAGUGCUUCUUCACACCUUGUUUUUUUUUUUUAAUAAUAUUUAUUGAGAUUUCAAAAGAAAACAGAAAAAAUACAGAAAUUACACAAAAACAAAAAAAUAAAAAAUACAAAAACUUACACACAAUAUGAAAAAGAUACAAAAGUAAAAAAUAAUAAAAAUAUGAAAAAGUAAGAAAUACAGAAGAAGAAUAAUAGUAAAAAGAAAAAAACAUUAGACCUCCUCCUCCUCCCUUCCUUUGUAUUCUAGUUAUUAAUUAUCCCAGCAAAUCCUUUCCAUUUUUCUAUUAUAUAAUAGACCUUACAAUUUAAAAUUUAAAUCUUAAUCAUACCAACUUCUUAUAUUCAUAAUGUUCUUUCACAAAUCCUUUCCUUCUAUUAUAAAAUAAACUUUAAAAUUUAAAAUUUAGAUCUUGACUUUACCCACUUCUUAUAUUCAUAAUGUUCUUUCAUAAUUCUUUAUACAUUUUUGCUAAAGCCAGGUAAAUUCUUCCAACAUUUUCCUAUCAUUCAUUUUUCUCUCAUUCUAUCAUUCAUCAGCUUUAUAAAACAUUCUAUUAAUUAAAAAGAACAAAAAAAAAACAAAAAAAGAGAAAGAAGCAUAUAAUCAAGUCCAAUCUUAAUCCAACGUCCCUUCCUCCUGGUUUCGGGAUUUCACACCUUGUUAACAAGACGGCAGUUCGUCCCUUUUGCCCUAGGAUUCUCAGUGUUUCUAAUGUGCCCAUUUCAUCUCUUCUCUACCACAGGUGGUGAACGCCGCUGCUCAUCUGCUCUCGAAUCUGCCGUUCUGUGUGUCCCCCACCAUCUGAAGCCAUUUCCUCUGGGGAUCUUGCCUUCUUCCAUCAGUUGUUGGCUCUGGAAUCCUGUAGCGUGUGCCUUGACAAUCUUUCUCCUAGAGGCCGUAGUCAACAGACACACACACACAAAAACCCACUUUGGAUAAUUGUUUUGACGCUCUCCUUUCUCCUUGCUGGGAUAGAUGCUUUGGGGUGAUUUUAUUGCACGUGGUGAUUUUAGGUGUCGUUGCUAUUAAAGUUAACCAUUGCUUAGCACUAAAGUAGAAGAAGAAGAGUUCGGAUUUGAUAUCCUGCUUUAUCACUACCCGAAGGAGUCUCAAAGCGGC